CCUCCCCUUCAAAUGGAAGAUUCCAUUCUGCUACCUGUCUAUUCAGAGUUGACAAUAGCUCUAUGUUUGUCGCACUGUUAACGAAGGAACCGUCUGCCUACCGUGAAAACCCGAUAUUACCUGUAAAAUCUACCUGUGUGUGUGUAUAAACUCACCUGGACAGGUAUUCACGAACACUCAGGUACGGGAGUCGCCGGGCGGUAACAAUUAGUAGUAACACAUGUUUGGAGACUUAAGAACUGGAGGUGUCUCCGAAUAAGAUUUUUUUCGAACGUGUAUAACACACGGGGGCGAUAUCUACCUGGACUUUCCUUCCUAUAUAUAUAACACGUGUGAUUAGUUUUUCGGCUAUUUGGUAAAGAUCGGUACUGGUGACCAGGUAUUUCGACCGGCGAGGUGAACAUGACAUAAGUGUACCGGUAAUAUUACUCGCGGAGAAUCAUACUAUCGUACAUAAUAUCUGGAAUUAUAACGGAUCGGGAACGUUUUGUAAUUAGAAAAUUGUGACAUUUUAAAAUACUAAGGAAAAUCAUCAGUGAUAUAAGCUCGCACUAACUGUGAUCAAUUAUCACCUGGACGAAAUCAAACACCUCUAAUUAGCGCUACCACCUGUGGACGAAACGUCACCUGUCAUUUUUGAAAUAUUUAAAUUUCAGUUAUUUUAAAUUAUCUAAAAAGUCGUGGGUAUUUUUUCGUCUGGAGGAAGAAUUCUGUUUGUGCUAUUUACCUGGAGUCGUAAAUUAACACUGUUUGGAUACAAUGGCAAAAUUCAAGGGAUUUUCUGCUGUCGGGAUAAAAUCGAUGACUCGAUGUUUACUGCCGACAUUAAUACUGGCGUUUCUACUACCCGUGACGAUAUCAGCUCAAUCAAUGAACGAUACGACUGGGACAAUGACUAGUACGGCGUCACUUCAGUCGUCAAGUGACUCUUCUGUGAUGUCAUCGAUGACGACAUCGGUGAUAGUGACGACACCUGUGUCGACGUCAUCAAAUAUCAUCAAGCCAUCCUCGGUAUCGUCGUCAACAAUGGCGGAAACAAGUACCUCAGUGACGUCACAAGGGUCUUACAGUUCAUCGAACUUUGAUCAUUCAAGUGCAACAUCUGUUGUUACGUUUAGCUCACAACAAACAACACAGUCACUUAGUGCACAACAGUCGGUCCAGAAUUCAAAUUCUCAGACCACCCAAUCGUCUAGUACGUCACAGUCCUCAACACCAUCUGGUGUUCAAUCUUCAGGUUCACAAAUGGAUCAACAACCAUCGAGCACACCAGUUCAGUCAUCAAGUUCACAAGCAAGAGACAUGUCCUCGAGUGUAAGCGUGACACAGUCAUCCAGUUCUUCAGAAAUGGUUCACGCCUCUAGCUCUCAAAUGACAAGUAUAAGUCAGUCGAUGUCUUCAAGUAUUGCGCCUUCUGAAACAUCGUCAAAUGUACCAACGCCUGCACUCUCCACAUCCUCCUCCAGAACUGUGGCGUCAUCAAGCGUAACACAUUCAUCGAUGUCGUCAUCAUUGAAUUCAGUGACGUCAUCCGGAGUUGCUGCAUCAGCCCAAUCGAGUUCUGCUACAUCAAUUAUGCCAACAAGUUCCACUCAGCAACCGACAUCAUCUGAUGUAGCUAAACCAUCAUCAGAUAUUGCUUCGGCUAUGCAGUCUAUGUUGUCUUCAUCUAUGAUGUCGUCAAGCGUCACGCAUUCACUGUUGUCGUCAUCUGUUAAACCAAUGACGUCAUCUAGUGUUGCUGGACCAAUUCAAACGAGUUCCCCUGCACCAACAAUGUCAUCUAGUGUACGCGCUUCAGCACCAUCCAGCAGCCUGUUGCCAGCAGAAUCAUCUGUUCCAACAAAUACACUUCCGCCAGUAUUGUCUUCGACGGAAAUGACAUCACCAAUUGCUACCAUGGUUACAGCUUCUUCUCAACUGCCUGACUUUACAUCACUGGAGUUAUCUACCCUUUUUACACCUUCCACGGAGUUAUCUACCCUUUUCACAAUUUCCACGGAGUUAUCUUCCUUUUUUACAAUUUCCACGGAGUUAUUUCCUCUCCUUCCUUCUUCAACUUCUACUGAAAGAACUUCAGGUGGUACUGCCGAAUUAGAAACCAUACUGUCUAUGUCAACUCAAAUGACAAAUCAAGUUAUGUCCAGUUCGGUGCAGGAUAGUACUUCUUCAGAUUCUGUUAAACCUUUUGUAUUAAGCGAACAUAUAUCGAGCUCUAAGGCAUCCGACUCUUUUAGAAGUGUAAUGACAGAUCAUUCGGUUUCGUCUGAUUCACUGAUUUCAAUGUCCAGCUCAUAUGUUACUUCUCAAUUUGUUGCCACAGCUUCUGUUUCUGAACAAAAUCCGAGCAUGACAUCUUCUAUACCAGAACCGAAUUCAAUGUCUGGAAUUACAACUAUGCAACCAGAAACACAAAGUACAUAUUCAGAUUUUCAAGCAAGCGAAGUGCCGACUGCCUUACAGGCAAGUGCAGUGUCGUCUACCACUCACUCAAGCGUGGUGUCGUCUGCCACUCACUCAAGCGUAGUGUCGUCUGCCACUCACUCAAGCGUGGUGUCGUCUGCCACUGAAACUAGUGUAGUGAUGUCUUCUACUCAUGCAAGCGUGGCGUCAAUUUCCACUCAAACAAGCGUGGCGUCAAUUUCCAGUCAAACAAGCGUGGAGUCGACAGCCACUGAAACAAGUUUAUUGUUGACUUCUACACAAGUAAAUGUUGUGUCGUCUUCCCCUGACACAAUCAACACGCAUGUGUACCUGGGCUCUGAAUCGUCUUCCUCGUUACAUAGUCAGCCAAAUACUUUCAGCACACAAAUGACAACAUCAAGAAUACACACAGAUUUAUGGAGUGAACAGACCUUGUCUAGAAGUGCAAGCUCAAUGCCAUUAUCUCCAACCAUUAGCCUGUAUUCUACGUCUAGUGUACACUCCAUUAUGCACCAAAGUAGUGAGAUAGAACCUAGUUCAGCUUACAUAUCCCACACAACUCCUGUAUCUACUUCAAGAUCCGAUACAGUAUCUGCUCAAGUUAUUUCAUCAAGUUCCACUAUAUUUGGUACUGAAAUCAUGGAUUUAGCUUCUAGUUUAAGUUCCGAAAUGGCAGCAUCACAUUCGAUGGUAGAUAUUAUUUCGAGCUCUGGUAUAGUUCCUUUAGCAACUUCUGAAACAGUAGCUACUUUAAGUUCCCAUUCCGCUCCAUCCUCAAUAUAUUCCAGGAGUUUUUCAGAAGCAAGUUCAGCUUUAUCGACCGAUACGUCUCUUGUAGGUAUCUCAACAUCAUUUUCCGACAUUUCUUCCAUUAUGUCAGCAUCUUCAUCCAUCUUUUCUACUUCAGAAAUGUCCACGUCAUCCUCGUACUUCUCUCCGUCAAGUAUGUCUGCAUCAGUUUCUAACAGUUCUCCAUCAAUAUCACCAACGCAAUCUUCUAGUUUUUCAACUCCCAUGUUAUCAACAUCAUCGUCUACUAUUGUGUCAACAUUACCAUCCAGUAUAACAGCUUCUUUUGUGUCGACACUCCUCUCCAGUCUGUCUGAGCCAGUUAUGUCAACCUCAACCUCCAAUCCAUCUUCGUCUAUUGUGUCAACACUCCGCUCAAGUCUAUCUUCAUCUGUUAUGUCAACAUCAUUCUCAAGUCCAUCAUCAUCUGUUGUGUCAGCAUCCCUCUCUAGUCCAUCCUCGUCUGUUGUGUCAACAUCCCUCUCCAGUCCAUCCUCAUCUGUUGUGUCAACAUCCUUCUCCAGUCCAUCUUUGUCUGUUGUGUCAACAUCCCUCUCUAGUCUAUCCUCGUCUGUUGUGUCAACAUCCCUCUUCAGUCAAUCCUCGUCUGUUAUGUCAACAUCCCUCUCAAGUCCAUCUUUGUCUAUUGUGUCAACAUCCCUCUCUAGUCUAUCCUCGUCUGUUGUGUCAACAUCGCUCUUUAGUCCAUCCUUGUCUGUUGUGUCAACAUCCCUCCCCAGUCAUUCCUCGUCUGUUAUGUCAACAUCCUCCUCCAGUCCUUCAUCGUCUGUUGUAUCAACAUCCCUUUCCAGUCCAUCCUCGUCUGUUGUGUCAACAUCCCUCCCCAGUCCAUCCUCGUCUGUUAUGUCAACAUCCCUCUCCAGUCCAUCUUUGUCUGUUGUGUCAACAUCCCUCUCUAGUCUAUCCUCGUCUGUUGUGUCAACAUCGCUCUUUAGUCCAUCCUUGUCUAUUGUGUCAACAUCCCUCCACAGUCCUUCCUCGUCUGUUAUGUCAACAUCCUUCUCCAGUCCUUCAUCGUCUGUUGUAUCAGCAUCCCUUUCCAGUUCAUCCUCGUCUGUUGUGUCAACAUCCCUCUCCAGUCCUUCCUCGUCUGUUAUGUCAACAUCCCUCUCAAGUUUAUCUUUGUCUGUUGUGUCAACAUCCCUCCUUAGUCUAUCCUCGUCUGUUGUGUCAACAUCCCUCCCCAGUCCAUCCUCGUCUGUUAUGUCAACAUCCCUCUCCAGUCCAUCCUCGUCUGUUGUGUCAACAUCCCUCUCUAGUCUAUCCUCGUCUGUUGUGUCAACAUCGCUCUUCAGUCCAUCCUCGUCUGUUAUGUCAACAUCCCUCUCCAGUCCUUCAUCGUCUGUUGUAUCAACAUCCCUUUCCAGUCCAUCCUCGUCUGUUAUGUCAACAUCCCUCUCCAGUCCUUUAUCGUCUGUUGUAUCAACAUCCCUUUCCAGUCCAUCCUCGUCUGUUGUGUCAACAUCGCUCUCCAGUACCUUGUCUGUUGUGUCAACAUCCCUCUCCAGUUCAUCCCCAUCUGUUGUGUCAACACCAUUUUCCAGUCUGUUUUCCACUGAAGUUUCAACAUCACCCUCCAGUGUAUCUCCUAGGCAAACAGCCCUCCCCAGUCUUUCGGCUGCUGAAGUGUCAACAGCACCGUCCAGUCUAUCUUUGUCUGUUGUGUCAGCACCUCCAUUAAGUUCAUCUGUUUCUGUUGUGUCAACACCUCUAUCCAUUAUAUCUUCUGUUGUGGCAACAGCAUCAGACACUCUAUCUUCUUCCGUUAUGUCCACGUUAUCUACCGAUAUUUCCUCAGUUUUAUCAACAUCAUCCUUAUACCUAUCUACUUCCGUGAUGCCAACAUCCUCUUCAAGUAAUUCUCAUUCCGUUAUUAAAACAAUGCCUUCUUCAAAUAUUUCUCACCCUAUAUAUAGUUCUAUUAUAUCAACAUCGUCUUCUAGUUUAGAUCAAGUAGUCACUUCGCCUGAAUCAACAUCCGUCUUAUCUUCAAGUGACGUCGUUGAUUCUAGUGAUGUUCUGGAAGAAUCUUCUGUAAUUUCUAGUGAAGUUAUACAAGGAACCGUUAUUUCUAGUGAUGUGGUCAAAAGUUCUUCCAUUAUUUCAAGUGUUGUACAUCAAGGUUCGUCUAUUGUUCCAACAGCUAUUCUUACUACUAAUCACAAUGUUGUGACUCUCAGCACCAAGGUGGAUGAGACUUUUAUAAGUGAAAUUCUUUUGUCUUCGGCGACUUCCUCACUAGUUGUCGAUACAUCUAGUUUGAUAACUUCUUCUAGCAUCAUAACUGAUCCGUUAUUGCACGCAUCAACUUUUGAAACGAAUAAUUUAUUGCCAACUUUGUCCGCAUCUUCCUCUAGUGUGUAUGCCAGGGCUAGUCUUAUCAUUUCGUUACCUAUUGUGACGGAACUUGAAGUAGUUACAGAAGAAAAGAAAAUAGCUGAUCAGUCAACAAUGGUGACGGAAUCACUGUUACACACAAGUUAUACCGACACACAGUCAGAUUCUUCCCAUCUGCCCACUUCUUUUGAUUCUACUUCGUCACUGAAAAGCAAACAGUCAACUAUGUCAACACCUCAAUCAAUGCAUACUUCGACCUUAAAUAUUCCUGGUACGACGAUUACAAAGACAGACACGUUACUAGAGCAAAGUGCUUCACGGCAUUCUAGUCUGUCAGAAUCCACAAAUAUACUACAACAAACCAGCCUAUCUCAAGACAAUACUGUCCAGGCCACACCUGCUCUUGCUCCUCACACUCAACCUACACGUACACAUUCAGAACCCCAGACUGCUAGUGUAAUGAUUGAUUCUACUUUCCCUGUUAGUAGCAUGUAUCCAACUGAAACCACAUCAUUUACGGACGCUGUCCAAACACCUAUCACGGGCACGCAUUCAGAAGAUAUGUCAAGUAGUAUCAUCUCUACAUCAAGCACUCUAGUCUCAUCUUUACAAGAGACACGCUCUUCUAGUGAAAAUUCAGGCAUCGCAUCAGGUACCAACACUGUUGAGUCAAAGUCAGAUAAAAUGCACAUUAGCAUGACGGCUGAUAGCACUUCAUCUGAGUCAGUUAAACUUAGCAUAUAUCCAACUCGUACCAUAUCUAAUUUAGGUGUAAGUUCAACUAUGGCUGCUUCUAGUACCAUUGUUGCAUCUGAAAUUGCUUCAAAUAGUAAUGAAAUUGCUUCACGCGAAGACUUUUCUAGUACAACGGCAUUGCAUUCGGUGGUGUCUUCAAGUCAAUUCUUGUCAAUAUAUGAAGUUUCCAGUAGUUUAUUCUCUUCUCAUGAAGGAUCUGAAGCUGUGGCAUCAAGUGAAAUCACACUGGCUUCAGGGCUAAGUACACUAUCUAUAAAGGUAGUUCCGAAAGCCGAGUCUUCUAGCAUCCUUAGCAUAGAAUCGUCGGUAGGACGUGUAGGUGAAGACAUUUCAAUAACUUCUACAGUUCUGAACGAGGCGACAUCUGUUAUGAGGUCGGAUGACUCCUCAAUAAUCACUUCAAGUGACAGUAUGAUGACGUCUUCCAUAUCACGUGAUAUUAAUAGUAUUACGUCAUCUUUACCACGUGAUAUUGCUAGCAGUGCGUCAUCUAUACCACGUGAUAUUACUAGCAGUACAAUAAACAUUGAUGAUUUCUCAUUGGAUGUUUCCGCAACAAGCGUGGUGCCUUCCUCUUCUGUUUGGUCCGGUAUGAGUGAACAUAGUGUUUCUUCCUCUGACGUAUCGCCUCUGUACAGCAUGUCUGUCACUGUAUCGCAACAUUCUGUCUCAUCACCAGAGAUCUCACACCUUUCCUCUGCUCCUUCGACCUUCCAUAGCAUUUCUAUAGCAAGUAGUCUUGGCACGUAUUCCAGUACGAAAAUGGAAGGUUCAACGCAAACGACGCCUACGUCAUCAAGUGACGUAACUAUGACGUCAUAUACACAAAGUCCAUCGAUAGCUUCAUCCAGUGCAGAUAUGCAAACCUCGAAAGUCACGUCGUCAGGUUCGAUGUAUACUUCUGAAGUUCCAGCUUCGUCAAGCCUCACAUCUGAUGUUAGGUCUUCCGUUUCAUCAUCACAUGUAGCAACGAUGGCGACCAGCUCUGGAAUGGUUCAAUCCUCAAAUGACAUGAUGACGUCACAUGUACAAUCGGGAUCGUUGUCAGCUUCAGUGUAUAGUAUGACCACUGAACUACCGCAGUCGUCUAGCUCCACAGUUUACACAACACCAUUACCAUCUUCAGCUGGUAUGUCGACACAUUUAUUAGUGAGUUCACCCUCUACCGCAAUGACGUCAUCAGUGUCAGUUAAGCCAGCACCAUCAUCUUCGGUUAUGUCAAGCUCGAUGUCAGCACCAAUGUCGUCAUCAGCUGCGCCAGCACCAUCAUCUUCGGUUGUGUCAAGCUCAAUGUCAGCACCAAUGUCGUCAUUAGCUGCGCCAGCACCAUCAUCUUCGGUUUUGUCAAGCUCAAUGUCAUCACCUAUGUCGUCAUCAGCUGCGCCAGCGCCAUCAUCUUUGAUGGUGUCAAGCUCAAUGUCAGCACCCAUGUCGUCAUCAGCUGCGCCAGCGCCAUCAUCUUCGAUGGUAUCAAGCUCAAUGUCAGCACUCAUGUCGUCAUUAGCUGCGCCAGCACCAUCAUCUUCGGUUUUGUCAAGCUCAAUGUCAUCACCUAUGUCGUCAUCAGCUGCGCCAGCGCCAUCAUCUUCGAUGGUGUCAAGCUCAAUGUCAGCACCUAUGUCGUCAUCAGCUGCGCCAGCGCCAUCAUCUUCGGUUGUGUCAAGCUCGAUGUCUGCGCCAAUCUCGUCAUCAGUAACGCCAGCGCCAUCAUCUUCGAUUAUGUCUAGCUCAAUGUCAGCACUUAUGUCAUCAUCAGCUGCGGCAGCACCUUCCUCUUCGGUUGUGUCAAGCUCAAUGACUGCACCCAUGUCGUCAUCAGUUACGUCAGCACCUUCAUCUUUCGUUAUGUCAAUGUCGACAACGGUACUCGUGCCAUCAUCUGUGCAAAUGACGGCUUCAGCGGUUGUGACAUCAACGAUUGCUACGCCUACAUCAUCAGUGACACCUAUCAUAACCUCGUCACCUGUUACAGAAGCCCCCUCUGCAAGUGUCGUAGAUGCAUCAACCUCUGCUAUUAUGCCAACCGUAUCGAGUUCUGUGACAAUGGCGUCUGCAACCCCCGAGGCACCUUCCACGACAACACCAAUGCCAACGACACCAGGAGGACCAAUACCAUCAACAUCUGCAAAUACGACAUCCACGAUUGUCGUCACUGGUGGUUCAACAACUACGACGCCAACACCUAACCUUAAUACUACGACGCCGAACGUCAACGGAACAAUGACAACUGCAUCUGCUGCUAACGUCACGUCGACAGCCAUGCCUUCAAAUGCCACGAUAGGUCAUUCGACGGUGGCAUCCACCACAUCAAUUACACCAAUGCUUUCCACCACUUCCGGUCCAGUAGUAACCGUCCCACCAACCGAUCAACAGAACACUACUUCACACCCGCCUACUUCCACAGCAGUGAACAAUGUCUCUACGGACAACGCGACAGUUGCAAAGUCGACAACGCCAGUUGUAAUAACAACUGAAAGUGGAAAUAUAACUACUGUUGGCCCGACUACAAUGAUGCCCCAGACAACGUCACAUGACGCCAAUGCUACAUCUGCACCUGCAACUUCCGGUUCUACAACAGUACCCACAAUACCGCACACAUCGACAACGAUGAUGCCCUUAACAAAUGGUACAACGACAACAACAGGACCGAUGUCGUCAACUAUCGUCCCAGGUGUUUCAACAACAAAAAUCACAACGUCCAUGCCAAUUACUACGACACCAACGUCUAACGAUACAGUGACAACUGCAUCAACGACAAUGAAAGCGUCCACUACGUCACAACCUGUUGCGAACGUCACAUCGACGGCCAUGCCCUCAAAUGCCACAGAGGGUCCAUCUACUGUUGUGUCAACCACUGCCCGUACCACUAUGCUCUCAACAACAACAACAACUUCCGGUCCAGUGAUAACAGUCCCAACUACAGAUCGACAAAACACUACAUCACAACCGCCCUUUUCUACAACUGUGAAGUCGACAACGCCAGUUGUAAUAACAACCGAAAGAGGAAAUAUAACUACUGUUGGCCCAACUACAAUGAUGCCCCAGACAACGUCACAUGACGCCAAUGCUACCUCUGCACCUUCCACUUCCGUUCCUUCAACAGUACCAACAAUACAACAAACGUCGACAACGAUCGACCCACUAACAAAUAGUACAUCGACAGCUGCAGUCACUACUCAAGGAACAGCUACUACCGGAGCACCAAACAUAACUGUUGUCACUACGUCAUCUCCGGCAAAUACAACCAUAGCAAUAACAACUGCUGUUCCACAACCCAGCAGCACGUCCGCAACGACAACAAGGACUUCAACGGAAGCACCUUUAACAACCCCGAUUCCACCUUCACCUCAAACGUCCAGCACUGUAACUCCAAAUGUCACGUCUUCUACCUCGACAACUGCAACAUCGAACAUCACAUCGCCGAUAAUACCGACAACUCAAGCACCCACAACACAAGCGCCAACAACACCAACACCAACACCUACCACACUAGCACCAACAACUCAAGCGCCUACAACACAAGCACCCACCACUGAAGCGCCUACAACUCAAGCACCUACCACACAAGCACCUACAACUCAAGCGCCUACAACUGAAGCACCAACCACUGAAGUGGCCACAACUCAUGCACCUACCACCCAAGCACCAACAACUCAAGCGCCUACAACACAAGCACUCACAACUCAAUCACCCACCACACAAGCGCCUAUAACACAAGCACCAACAACUCAGGCGCCUUCAACACAGGCACCCACCACACAAGCGCCUACAACACAGGCACUCAGCACACAAGCAUCAACAACUCAAGCGCCUACAACACAAGCACCCACAACUCAAGCGCCUACAACACAAGCACCCACAACUCAAUCGCCUACAACACAAGCACCAACAACUCAAGCGCCUACAACAAAGGCACCCACCACAAAAGCACCAACCACACAGGAACCAACAACACAGGCACCCACCACACAAGCGCCUACAACACAGGCACCCACCACACAAGCACCAACAACUCAAGCGCCUACAACACAAGCACCCACCACACAGGCACCCACCGCAGCACCGGAAUUGACAAGUGAGGCAAGAGCAACGAUAAGAAUUACUGACGGGGUGAUCUGGGUACCAGAGCUUGCAGAGAAGACAUCCAAUGAGUAUAAGAUUUUACGUGACCAGGUCAAACCCGAGUUGGAGCAAGUUUAUUUUGCUCAGUACGGGGAUCGUUUGAUGGCGAUAGUUAUUGACCGAUUUACUGAAGGAAGCGUCGUUGUUGAUUACACUGUCCAGUUGUCAGGCGAUACUACCGUCACCGCUGCCGACAUGAAUACCGUUGUGGAGAAUGCUGUCUCGGAAGGAAAGCUGGGAAAUUUCACUGUAGAUAAAACAUCCGUAUCUCAUAAUGUUAUAAAAACACCUAUGACGACCCCGACCGUCCCCAUUGUUACGGAGGGUUUCCCUAACUGGGCCAUUGCUGUAAUCGCGUGUGGAUCAGUAGUUUUAAUAUUCCUGAUAGCAAUGAUCUGCAUACUGUGUUCCCGCCGACACACCAAGCAGAAGUAUCGCCUCCCUGAGGAUCCGGAUGACAUCGACUACCGUCGGAGUUGGGCGGGAAGUUCCGACAAUGAAUUUGCAUACGAUAAUAAAUUAGCUCAAUCUACAGAAAUAACAACAGAAGAAGGAGGAAAGCAGCCUGUACAAUUCUUCAAUUUAUCAAAUAAUGAUGUACAAAAUGCGAAUGGGGCGGAUCCGGUUAUGGGUGUAAACGAUAGCAGACCUGCAAACGGUGUGGGAAGAACAGGUUUUCUCCAUUUAAGGGGAGAAACACAGACAAUUUUCGACGAAUUCACUGAAACGUGGGAAACAAGAUUAUGAUAGCAAGUGUUUGAAUUAACAAAUUAUUAGUUAAAUGUCGAUUGCAUCCAGUAGCUUGUGAAUGAACCUGCCAAAUAUGUGAUAUCACAAAUUUCGAGGACAUAACGUGAUAUAAUCUUCCUUUGUUGAAAAUGGAGGGAUUGAACAGUUUACUGUUGAUCAGCUAAAACGAGGAAGACAACUCUACUGAUAGUUUGCUGUAUCUACAUGCAAGAAAGCAGUGUCUUAAGUCAAAAUAUUUAACUAAGAAUAUGAUAUCUAGCGCCAUCGUCCAUCCAUCUUAUUUCAUCAACGAAAAUCAUGUUUUGGCAGAUGCCUCAAUGUUUUGAAGGAACCACCUGUUUCGGGUUCUAUUAACAUGAUUAUGCAUAGACAUUGGUUCCAUUUACAUAUGCAUGUGCAGAAUGAAAGAUGCAAAUGUUGCAUGGCCUACUGGAUUAUGUAUGCAGAUACAGGUCAAAAGUUACUGAAGUUUUGUUUUCUUAAUUGCAUGUGUGACCUUGUUAGAAUUAUGAAAGAUCAAAUACCUGUAUUUAUACGGAGAGGUAUCGAUGUAUAUAUGAGUGUAAAAGUUGUUGCUAAGGUUGAAUGCGCGAGAACGUUUGGUCUUGAUUGUGCGGCCAGUAUAGUUACUAACUAGCAUUACCUCGUUGUAAAAAGUGCAGUAGAACCUUUAUUUCUAGGAAAAUCUAGAUAAAUGGGCUUCUCAAGAUGCACGCUUAUCUGUUCACUAAUGUUAGUUAUUUUACCUCGAAUUCGAAGUAUUAUUCCGUUUCUAAGAGUUUGUGAAAAGGAAUAGUGAAGAGUUCUUCGAGUUCCUAAUAACACAUUUUGUCAAGACGUACAUUUUGUCCAGCUUCUGGUUUAGCAGCAGUUCAACCCACUACAUUUCAAAUUUCGCUGAAGAUUGAGUAUUCUUCAUUGAUAAACUACGAUGCACAUCUAAAACAGUCAUAUUCGGCUUCAAUCUGGAAUACGAUUUUUGCUUUUUUGAUUUAGCAGUUUUGUUGAAGCGUUUUGUUAUGUUUUAGAUCUUUUUUUACUGCACCUAUGUUUUCGGUAAUGGUUUUUACAUUCAGUAAUAGAUAGGUUGGAAUAUCGAGCAUUUAAUCUUAUAGAGAAUGAAGUGCGCAACUAUGCGGCGGAACAGUUUUAGUAUUGAAACCUGCCAUUGAUAUUAUCUAUGCAAUAGUGCCUCUUACUGUUAUUUGCAUUCCAGAUAUUGACAGAAUGUUCAAAUGUAAAUAAAUUAUAUAUAUAUAUCACAUGAAUUACAGUAUUGUAAAGUAAAAUAUCGAUAUUGUUUAUUUUUCGUGCCAGCUCAUGCAAUGACAUAUUAUGACUUCAAAAAUGAUAUUGAAAUGACGUCUUAGACUUCCAGUUAUGUUAUGAAGUCACAAUGGAGAAAAACAUCAAAGAGCAAAGUUGGCAGAAUUUCAGAUUUCUUUGUAAAGAAUAAUUUGGCAAUAUUUGCGAAAGAUAUUUGAUCGGUUGAUAUGAAUGGAUCUUCAACUCGUUUCUGUACCAGAGUUUUAUAAAUAUCGUUAAUUGGAAACGCAUGUAAUAUCCUAUAUACGUUCUAUAAAUAUAGCAAUAAAUUGUACAUUUCAUUGUAUAUUUGUAUAGUUUUUAUAUAUUUUGUGUAAAAUUUAUCCAUCGUCAGUUUUUUCAAUGCAAUUUACUAUAUUUCUGAUAAUCUGUUUUAAAUUCCAAUGUCUGACAAUGUCUAGUUUCCAUUAAUCUAUCAAAUGAUAAAAAUAGUUAUGUAGCUAAUGACUGUGUCUCCUAUCCAUAAUACUACUGUUGUUGAUUUUUGUUAAUUUUUGGUUGAAAAUGUCAAUUUUGAAAAGAGAAAUAUUACUUAAAAUAAAACUUUGGUGAUAAUAUAUGCAGGUAUGAACUUGUCAUGUCUGCCCUCCGCCUUCAAAGAUGGCAGUUUGAAGUCGCUGUUAUGCCCUGAAUACGAUAUCUUCGAUGUAUAAUACUGGGGUAUUACUGAUGUAAAAGCAUUCCUCUUGAUAUUAAUUAACCAGAUAUUUCAAGGCUUCGCGUGAUUACAUUUACAUAAAAAGGAGUUUUUUGGUUAAAGUACUGACAAAUUUAUUACAAGUUACAGCCAAAUAAGGAGAACGCAGGUUUAUCCAAAGAUAUCAUUAUGCUUACACAUAUGUAUAUAAUAUUCCUCAAUAUGUCAUGAAUAUUCAUUAUGUCUCAUAAAUAUUCAUUGUGUCUCAUAAAUAUUCAUUGUGUCUCAUUUAUAUUUAUAAUGUCUCAUUAAUAUUCAUUGUGUCUCAGAAACUGCCUUAUAUAAAGCAAGCAUUACAUUGUGAAAUAACUAAACAUUUUUAUUUUUAUAACAAGUCCUGUCUCAUUCAACUGGGAUUAAAAGUGCUUAGUUUACUUAUCAUUUCCAUUUAUCAAUCAUAAAUAAUUUUCCUACAACUGAAAUUAUUUCUUAACCGUUCUUGUUAUUUUUGAAAAUAUAUUAGAAAUGUUGUUGAAUAUUAAACAAAAUGAAAUUGUGAAAAUGUGUAAUAUAAAACGUCUGGGAUGAAUUAUUUAUAUCAAUUUUAAUGAUUUUGUUUUUCUCCUGCACUCUAAUGAACAAUCUCUAUCCAGAGUUGUCAUUCCUUAAGUAAGUGUAAAGAACGACAACUUUGGGUUGGUUUUAUCUAAUAACGUGUUGAAAAAAUGAAUAGCAUUCUUCUACAUAUGAUAUUCCGUCUUUGAUAAUAUGCAACUUUGUAUGACGGACACGAGCAAAGCAUGUUGGAAUAUGAAUGUCACAAAAUUAAAACUUACUAAGAGAAUCUGUCUCCACUAAUAAAUCAAAAUAAUUCAAUUCAAUAAUUUAUAAAAGAGUCGCUAGGAAAAUUUACAUAUCAAUCCGUGUGUAUAGCAAUUUACAAGGAUAAUUAAUGUAUGCCGUUUUAGUAUUAGCAAUGAUCAAAACAUAUUUUUGUUUGAUAUAUCUAUUCCAUAUACAAAAGAUAGCUUGAAUAUAUAAUUAUUUACAUUCUCUGAUCACAAGAUGAUAUCUGGAUCACCGGUUAUUUAAAUAUUCUAUGCUCAGCAUAAAUAAAAAAUAUUAAUAUUAUGAUAUUUUUUCUUAGAAUGUAUGGGAAAAAAAUUGACCAAAUGAAUUUAAUGAUAAUGAUUAUGUCAGGGACCAUUGUUAACGAUAUCUUCAAGAUGAAAUUCCUGACUUUAACGGGAAUCUCUUGAGAUUAUCAUGAGACAAUCACAAAUUCAGCCCAUACAUUGUGUUAUCCAGACAGCCGAAAUGACAACAUAAGAAUUAUCUUUCAUUCAUGUGCGGUUAAUAUAUUCAUAUCUCGUUAAAUAUGCGUCCAAAAUAAUGUGUACAUAUUUGAUUUCUAAAAGAACAAUGUGGUUUACUUAGUGUCUCGUAUAGUCUGCUUAUGUAAUAAAAGUCAUAUUCCGUAAUUCGUCCAUGAUUCUAAGAAACUGUAUGCAAAUUUUAAAACAUGUAUUAUUUUCAAAAUAGUAACUGUUAUUUGUGUAUCUAAUCAAAAUACUGUGAAAAUAGUUAUUUUGGUGGACUCAAAUUUUAGCACAUUAUGGAAUUUGAACAGAUUACCGUAUUGGUGAAUUGUUGCACUAACAAUAUGCAAUAAGAAAAUAUAUACAGAACCUUUAAUUAUCGCAGUCAUAAUUUAGCUCAAUAUUUAGAACUAUUUAGAAACGCCAAAAUUAGACUACCGCUAAAAUAUGUAAAUUUACAGUAUGUAAUAUUUAUAAAAUUUUCUAUCAUGCAGGACAAUGCAUGUCUAGAUAACUAGCUGUCCAAAACCUAUCUAAUAACAAAGCUGAUCUUUAUUUGGAUAAUUUGUGUUUCAAAUUGUUAUAUAUUGCGGCAUAUAAUUGACCUUAAAAUCAUUACAUCGCAUUUUUGGUAAGAUGGUAAAUAGAAACAAUUUGAUUGAAUCUGGCUUUGAUGUUUAUUUCAGGUCGUUAUAAGAAAUCCUUUCUUUGCGUUAUUUAAUACUAAUAUGUACAUAGUCGUUGCGUUGUUAAAAAAUAUUACAUUAAUUAUAAUAGCAGCAAUCUCGGUUAUUAUUAUGAAUUAAUGGUUAUUGACUAUUCAUAUCCACCUCAAAGCAUUAUAUUACUAGUAUAAUAUGCUUUUUAAGCUUAGAAGAGACUUUGCUUGGCAUCGAUUCUUUCGAACAUUUUGUUUUUAAUGUUUAUCUUAGUAGAUGUAAUGUUUAUCGAUAAACUGGAAUUCGCUCUUUGAGUCUUAACCGAAUAUCAAAAACAACUGUGUCACCGACAUGUGAUAAUGAGCACUAUUAAGUCUUUAUAUUCAACUUAAUACGAUUAUGUCUGUUAUUAAUAUCACAUAUUAUUUCAUUUCAUUUGAAUAUUUGAAAAAAAAACCCUGCUUUAUCAAGUAAUUAAAUGCCACAAAAUCAUCACAUUCCUAUGUUAUUUGAUAUAACUGCAAUUGAUAAUGUUUGAAAAGUAUUCCAAGUAUGUGUAUAUAUGUAUCAGUAUGUGUUAAAUAAGAGAGGGUUUCUUAGAAAGUUAUGAUAUAUAUAUAAUGUUUGUAUAUUAAUUUUGAAAGUUUGUAUCAUAUAUAUUUAUACAUACCGCAUAUCACUUGUCUAAGACUUGUACGAUAUUCACAAACCAAAUAAUAAAUCCUUGAUUUAUACGAUA